GCGUGCACGCGGCCGAACGAGAUGACGUUUUGCCCCCUGGGCGCGGUCACCGGCGCGACCUGCCUCGCGGUGAUGUACGCGGAGAACGCCGCCAGCAUGGCGGACUGCGCGCUCGCCGCCGUGGGCGCGGCGCGGGUGCUGCACCUGGCCCUGAGGUGGUCAGCAGACCGCGCCGUCGCCAAGGCCAUGGACGAACUCAGGCACGUUCGUGGCCAGAUGGAAGCGGCGGAGCAGGUCUUGGACAUGAUCGUCGGUGACGUCGAGGCCUCGCAGCGCCUGCGGGCGCUACUGCCGGCCUUUCUGGCAUUGUCGCGUGGGGAGGCGCCCUCCUGGCUGGACAAGCUCAGGCGGAACGUGGUCCGAGAUGAGGUCGCUGGCCAACGUGCAAACCUCAGCUUCUCUGCGAACGCUGCCGUCUUCGUGCCUUCCGGCGAGUGCGGAUUGGCUGCGUGCGACGCGGAGUCCGUGGUGAACAGCAUCGAGAGCAGCGCCGCGGCCUCGUCGAUGGGCUGGGCUGGGCUGUGUGAGGCCAGCGUCUCGCCUCACCACGUGCUCCACGACGCUGGCUCGGACACCUCUGCGGAUGCACUGUCCGCGGCCCUCGCGGGGAUCCGGCCGGCGGAGGACGCGAACGAGGUGGAGUCCAAAGCGACUGGUGUCUUCGAAGAGUUUGACGAGCUCGGUGCGUGCGCCGAGUGA